AUGGGGGAAUUGUUCCAAGAUUCAGAAUUUACCGAUGCCUGUCAAGAAUUGGAUGAACCUCAAGUGGAAGAAUGGGAAUACUUCACUGAAUCACACGGAUUAAAAAUAUACAGACAACUAAACAAAACCUCAGGACUUUACCAGUAUAAAGUCUAUGGAACAAUGACAGAAAUUGAUGCUGAAAUAUGUUCUAAGGUCUACAUGGAUCUUGAUUAUCGAAAGACAUGGGAUAGUUAUGUGCAUGAAUUAUAUGAGAAAGAAGUUUCUGGAAAGAAAUUUAUCUAUUGGGAUGUGAAGUUUCCAAAGCCAAUGUCCUACAGGGAUUACGUUUACAAGCGAGAACUUCGUACAUUUGAGAGGAAUGGGAGAAAGGUGUUUGUGAUCUUGGCUCAGAGUGUUCAAGACAAAGAAAACUUCCCUGAGAAAUGGAUGACCAUUCGAGUAGAGGAUUACCAUCAGACAGUAACUAUUACUGACGACCCAUCGGGCGGAGUACAAGUGUUUAUGAGAUAUUAUGAUGAUCCAAAAGGAAUGAUUCCUGCUUGGUUAGUCAACUGGGCAUCAAAGACAGCAGUUCCAGCAUUCUUGGAUCAAAUGAAAACUUCUUGCCAAAAUUAUGAAAAAUAUUUAAACACUGUACAUUUCAUUUCUGAAAGACUUCUGAAUGUCACAAACUCUUGA